AUAAAGGACAACGGAGGAUAUAGCAUCACUCAUUCAUUGAGAAGCAACAGUCAUGAACACUAAGGUCUUCAUCCUGCUUGGUCUGGCAGCAGUCGUUGCUGCAGACAGCCGUGAGAUUUUCGCCUAUGGACCUCCUCAAGAUUCUUCCGAAGAGUCAUUCGAGUCGUACGAGUCAGGAGAAGCCAAGUACGACUUCAAUUAUGCCGUUCAGCACGAAGACUCCGGCAACGACUUCGGACACCAGGAAGCCCGUGACGGCGAACACACUCAGGGAUCCUACUACGUGAGGCUUCCCGACACCCGUCUGCAGAACGUCAAGUACUUCGUGGACGGCGACGACGGCUACGUGGCCGAGGUCAACUACGAGGGCGAGGCUCGUUUCCCCGACUCGUAUGAGUCUGCCUCCUUCGAUCUGCUUCCUUCGAGUCCCGGGAGUACAAGCCACCAAGUCCCGUAUAUACCUAUGACUCCAACGAGUCCAAGUAAAUUUGUAAUUUGUUGUCAGUUGAAACAAGAUAGCAGACCCAAGAUUUUCAUGUAGGAUAAUUAUUGUAUAUUUAUUACAAAAUAUAAUGGAAGCAUGUGUAAA